CUUCUUCCUAAAUACUGGAGAAGAGAUGGAGAGGUAUCGAGGAAGGGGAAGACAACGGCUACUGCCGAUAAUGUGCUAUUGCUGCCAUCGUCUCCGUCACUUCCAUAUGAUUUGGUACUGAUGAUCGUGGCACGCGUUCCAAGAGUGUACUACCGGACUCUGUCACUAGUCUCCAAGAGCUUUCGAUCGAUGGUGGCUUCACCUGAGCUUUACAAGGUCAGGUCAGUCUUGGGCCUCACGGAGAGGAGUUGUCUCUAUGUGUGCUUGAGGUUCGGGUUGAGUUCUUCUUCUUGUAAGUGGUACACCCUCUCCUCCAAGAGUAUUGGCGGCGGCUAUGUUUUGGCUCGAGUCCUAAUGCCCAAUGACGAUUAUCCUGAUGUGGUGGGUUCGAUUUAUUCAGAUCUUGUGGCUGUUGGUUCUGAUAUAUACAACAUUGCCACCCAUCUACGAGGAGGGGUCUCGAUUCUUGAUUGCAUUUCUAACACGUGGCGUAAGGCUCCAAGCAUGCCAGUGGAGCUGGAGUCACUUUCUGCUGAGGUCCUUGAUCGAAAGAUAUAUGUACUAGGACGAAGCUAUCAUCAUCAAGAUGGUUCCUGGAAGAACUGGCUCCAUAUAUAUUCAACACAAAUACGCAAACUUGGGAUCUCCCUUGCUGUGGAUUGGACCUGGCCUGUCACACUUUUGUCAUUGACGGAAAGCUCCACGGGGUAAAUUAUUUUGCUAUUUUUAUUUUGGAAUGACUUUUUCAAAUUCUAAUCGGCAAUUUUAUUUUUAAGUUUCUAUGGUCCUUGUACUCUCUUUACAUGAUCAUGGUCCUACUACUCUUACAUCAUGAAAGUUUACAGAGCAGUUCUACUACUCUAAUGUUGAAGUCAACAAUAAUGAAAUACGCUUGAUCAACUCUAACGUUAAAGUUACAGGAUCUUGCUUCUUAAUAUAAGUUGAAGUUCGGUUGCACAUGUCUACAUCGCUUAUGAAAUGCAAGAGAAGAAAUCACUUUCAACAAAUCGCCCUGAAAACGAUUGCUUCCUUGUCUUCAUUGGUAAAUGUUGUACAGUUUAUAAUGAAGAUUUUAUUAUACAUAACGUUGAAUAAAGUUGUACAGUUUAUAUAUGCAUAGUACGUAGCAGAUAUAUACUAUCUUCUAAUAUGAAGUUAUGAACAAUCGUAUUUUUAUUGCUUGCAUAGAGGCAUGCUUUACUAUUUCUUUACUGCUUUUUACACAGAACAGAAACUAACUGUAACCUCUCUUUUUUUGUGAAAAUAAGAAUGGCAUAUGAAAUGAUGACUCGACUGGUAUUGUUGCUCGUAAAUGAACUUGCAAAAGAAAAAGUGAACAAAACUCAUAAUAAAAGUAAUAUUCUUGAAAUGCACCAUACAUAUGAAAUACUAACUUAAUGGAAGGUAUUCAAAAAAAAAAAAAGCUUGAGAAAGGCAUGAUCGAUCAAUCAAGAGAAUUAUGAUCCGAUGGAACUUUCAGGAUUACAGAGAAGACCCAAGAAGUGACUGUUUCCUAUGGCCUUGAAACCAGAUUUAAUUAAAAAAAAGAAAAAGGAA